AUGCUUGCUAACGAAGCUAUGUACGAUUUUACAAAUAAUUGGCUCGCUUUGUGGUCUGGUAAAGAUGAAAACGAACAACAAUCACCACUGUAUGCUUACAUCUAUCUUGAAGCUGUAUUUGCUACAUUGAUCGUUGCAUUAAUACGUACUGGCUAUAUCUUCUAUAUUAUGCUGCGUGGUUCAACUUAUUUUCACAAUCGAAUGCUCAAAGGUAUCUUGUAUACUUCCUUACGUUUCUUUGAAAGUAAUCCAAGUGAACGAAUAUUGAAUCGAGCAAGCAAAGACCAACAAGUGUUAGACGAAUAG